UUCAUUUACUGAACAAUCUUUAAAUUUUUCAAAAGGGCAUUCAGACAUGGUUCAAAUGCGAUUACACCACGUCCCAACUGGCCUAUAUCCCAUCACGUUGGGAAUGUCUACCAAUCAACUACCCCCCCUGUAAGUGAGACUGACUACAACGCCAUGGAAUUCAACCUGUGGAAGUCUCUUGGCAGUGAGUUCAUGGUGAAAUCCAACAUCAACCACUGGAUCGCUUGUAAAGAAGGAACCGGAAGUCUGGUGGAAUUCAAAACUGGAAGUGUUUUAUGCCGCAUUAUAAAGAACGUGGCAUCUAAAUGUCAUAACUACGUUCCCGACCAACUCAUUCUUCAUGCUGCUGGAAAUCCUGCAGGUUCUACUCUGGGACCGGAUCUGAUACGAUCUCAAAGUAGCUCAUGGUUAAAGGAGUAUUACUAUUUCGAGUCUAACACACGCACAGGGAACUGGCCUACCCAUGAUCCUUGUGGCACGAACAGUCUGAACCACCUCACCAACGUCAACAACCCUCAUGGAAACAUCUACAUCCGGUAAUGGCGCGUAUCAUCUGGGUCUUGUGAUGCCUAAAAAAUCCUGCUAACGUUCUGUAGAUGAGCACAUUUUAGAUCCUUAAGGUUUACCGGUGUAACUGCUAUUAGAGAAAACAGGUGUAUCUUGAAAGAAUAAAAAGAGUGUGAGGCAUCA